AUGCAUAUCCUUCAAAUUUUCAUGGUGUCCUUGACAGUAGGAAUAGCUGGUGUUUCUUCCUUUCCUGGCCCUUUGAGGCUUGCCUCCACGUUCUCCCGAAUUUCCAACGAGCUCGACAAUAUCAGUCUGGGGAGGUGCUCCAUCUCAAACGCGAUCCUUCCAAUUAAUGAUACAACAACCAAACUCCCUCGGCCUUCAUCAGGUAUGAACCUCAAAUACAUCGCCCUGGGCCGGGGAACUCAGAACUACACUUGCGAAAAUUCUACGUCCUCUGCAAUACCCGUUGCCGUGGGUGCAGCAGCCACUCUCUUUGACGCCUCUUGCAUUGCAUCACAAUCUUUGACUCUGCUGCAUGAGAUGCCUGCGAUUAUCGGAGAAGCGCCAAUUGGAUCUCUUGCUUUUCUAGCAGAGCUCUUGAGCCACACCACAAAUUCCUCCCAACUCAUUCUCGGAGAGCAUUACUUCAACGCUGCCGAAUAUCCUAUUUUUGAUUUGAGGUUGAGUGGAGCCCAGGACUGGGUAGUCGCCACGAAGAAUGCAUCUGUGGAUGCCCCCCAAACCAGCAAGUUGACUAAACAAAAUGUCGCUUGGCUGGAGCUUGAUCGCAAAUCCGGAAAUAAGGAGUGCUCUGGAAAGGGCAUUCAGAAAGUUUAUCGAGUCAAGACCUAUCAGGGAUCUGCACCAUCGACUUGUGCUGGAUUAAACGAAACAAUUGAGGUUCAAUAUGCAGCUGAAUACUGGUUUUAUGGGCGAUAA